AUGAAUGAAUCGGUAGGAAAUUUGACGUCCCUACUAGCAAGUUUAGACAUCCCAAUAGGAGUGGGACGAAGGCCUAUGACUUUAAGUACUCAAACUUUUCGCAUCGUUGUUAUUUUGAUUAGUACCUUGAUAAAUGUAUUUACUGCGCUAGUGAUUGGAUUUUCACGGCAAUUGCACUAUCCGCGCCACUUGCAUUGGAUAGCGAUUGCGGUGGUUAAUCAGUUUUGCUUGAUCAUAGCAGUUGUACAAAUAGUGGCCCACUUGGACCCUACCCAAAACAGAGUGGCAUGCCAGAUUUACGUUUUCAAUGCAGGAGUGUUUUACACAAUUAUUUUAUCUUUCCUCGCCCUUGCGGCCCUUGAUCGCUACUUGGCCGUCGCUCGUUACGAGUGGUACAAGGAGAAAGUGACAAAUCGAGGAACAAUUUACCUUUUAUCCUUCGUGUUCAUCGUGACGUACAUGGUGAUAACGAGUCCAUUUUGGACCGGAUAUAAAAAUAUCAAAAAUUGCACAAUUAACCUCCAUCACGUGCAUGCUUACUUGAUCUACGAUCUACUUCUGGGCAUUCUCUGCAUCACAUUGCACACUAUGAUAUUCAUCCGUACACGAAAAAUCAUCAAAAGACAACCACCGAACUUUCUCGAAACAUCAGCAAUUGCACUUCAAUUUCAUCCAGCUGUUUCAAUCAAUGUUACUACAGAUUUUCCUGUGGUCGAUGAACCUCGUCAAGGGGAAAAUCCGAUUGAAAAUUGGACUAAUGCAACAGGCAAUGGUGAUGCUCUUCAACACCUUGAAUCUCAACUGGACGACACGCUCUGUUUUCCCUGGUUUACCAGCCGCCCAAAGCUCAAUCGACUUGAAAUUCGCGCCGCUUUAAGCAUGUCUGUCAAUAUGUUACCUUUCUGGAUUUGUACUUUUCCCGUUACUUUGUUUGGCAUCGCUAUUUACUGGUGUUUUCGUCUCCAAAUUAAUUGCCCUUUUAUUAUUGUUGCCAACCAAUAUCUCGUCGACUGGUUUACCGUCCACACCAUUUACAAUCCAUUGAUGUACAUGUUUACUAGCAAAGAAUUCAAACGUGCCCUGAUUCAUUUAAAGGACAAAAUAAAAUUGCUCGUUAGCCACGCAUAA